AUGGAUGCUGAAGGAGGCUGCCGGAUUUGCCUGCAGGUUUUGACUAGCAGCGCGGGAAGCAAAAACGCGCUAUUAAAACCCAGAAAUGCUGGAUGGGGAAGUCAGAGUUCCAAAGUACAUAUACAUCACAGCACAUGGCUUCAUUUUCCUGGCCACAAUUUACGCUGGAUACUGACUUUUAUCCUCUUGUUUGUGCUGGUGUGUGAAAUUGCAGAGGGCAUAGUGUCUGAUGGGGUUUCUGAAUCCCGCCAUUUACACCUGUACAUGCCGGCUGGGAUGGCGUUCUUGGCGGCCAUCACGUCUGUUGUCUAUUACCAUAAUAUUGAAACAUCCAAUUUCCCGAAGCUGUUGAUCGCAUUACUGUUCUACUGGACUUUAGCCUUCAUAACUAAAACCAUUAAAUUUGUUAAAUUCUGUGAUAAUGGGGUUGGAUUUUCUCAGCUACGAUUUUGCCUCACAGGACUCCUGGUUGUUUUAUAUGGAAUGCUACUAGCUGUAGAAAUCAACGUCAUCAGGGUGAGGAGGUAUGUUUUCUUCAAAACUCCUAAAGAAGUUAAACCUCCUGAGGAUCUCCAGGACCUUGGCGUUCGAUUCUUACAGCCGUUUGUGAAUCUCUUGUCCAAAGGAACAUACUGGUGGAUGAAUACAUUCAUCAAGACUGCCCAUAAAAAACCAAUAGACUUGAAAACCAUAGGCAAGCUUCCCAUUGCUAUGAGAGCUCUGACCAAUUACAUUCGCCUUAAUGAGGCUUUUGAAGCACAGAAGAACAAAAGGUCGUCAUCUCCACAAGGAUCCAGAUCAAUAUGGCGUGCUCUCUGCUGUGCUUUUGGAAGACCCUUACUCCUCAGUAGCACUUUCCGUAUUUUGGCUGACUUGCUUGGAUUUGCUGGUCCGCUCUGCAUCUCUGGGAUUGUUCACAAUGUUGGAAAAGGAAAUAACACCAUCCGCCCACAGACUAAAAUUCUUGGUGUUUUCUUUAUUUCGUCUCAAGAGUUCCUGUCCAAUGCUUACGUUUUGGCUGUACUCUUAUUUUUUGCCCUUCUAUUGCAAAGGACGUUUCUCCAAGCAUCAUACUAUGUUGCUAUUGAAACAGGAAUCAACUUGAGAGGCGCAAUACAGACAAAAAUAUACAAUAAAAUUAUGCAGCUUUCGACUUCUAACAUGUCUAUGGGGGAGAUGACUGCAGGCCAGAUCUGUAACCUGGUUGCCAUAGACACAAAUCAGCUGAUGUGGUUCUUUUUCCUCUGCCCUAACCUUUGGGCUAUGCCAGUACAGGUGAGGAGAUUGAACGUGCUUUUGUUAUUGAUGUUUGUAGUGAUUGACUGCUUGGGAAUUUCAUGA